GAAGGGAGACAUUGGGGUUGCCUUUGUCACGCUUUUUCUAAUCUACGCGUGAAAUUCCCUCCCGCUUUUCACUUUUCAAACCCCAACGCUCUCCUCCCUCCUCGCGCAUCAAAAUCUUUUCUUUCUCCUCAUCUCUAUUUAUAUCUAUCAACUCUUACACAUUCCAUUGCAAGUUCCCUCAACUACAUAUACAUAUUUGCGUUGCACUUUCCUCUAUGUUUACGUAGCAGAUCGAAGUCAGGAGAGAGCUGUAUUUAUACUUAACAAUGUCGAUGGUGGAGAUAAGAGUGCCGAACUUGGAUUGCGAAGGAUGUGCCUCCAAGUUGAAGAAAGCUCUUCUCAAGGUCAAAGGAGUGGAAGAAGUAGAAGUUGAAAUGGAAAUCCAGAAAAUUACAGUGCGAGGAUAUGAGAUAGAAGAGAAGAAGGUGCUGAAAGCCAUUAAACGCACAGGGAAGAAGGCAGAGCCAUGGCCAUUUCUUCCCGGAUACUCUCAUUUCGCUUCCUUCUACAAAUACCCAACGUAUAUAGUCAACCAUUACUACGACACGUACAGAAGUGAAGUCAGUAAUGGCGUUCACACUUUCUUCCACACUCCUUCCCUUUACUCUGUCGCUGUAGCUUCUGACGAGGCCGUCGCUUCGCUUUUUAGCGAUGAUAAUCCUCAUGCUUGCACUAUCAUGUAACCAUCUCAUCAUUCUUUCUUUCUUUCCUUUUUUUGGAUCAUCACUGCACCAGCUUGCAGCGUAAUUUUUUGAGAAAAGGAAGUGAAAUGUGUUGUCAGUAA